GCAGCUGCUCUGCCCCGACUUCCCCAUGGAACUCACUCAGAAGGCAGCAAGGAUUGUGCUGAUGGAUGAUGCCAUGGAUUGCCUGAUGUCUUUUUCUGACUUCCUCUUUGCCUUCCAGAUCCAAUUCUACUACUCAGAGUUCCUGGAAAGUGUGGCUGCUAUUUAUCAAGACCUAUUGGCUGGUAAGAGUCCAAACACUGUGGUUGUGCCAACAUCAUCCUCUGGGCAACACCGGCAGCGCCAACCCACGAAUGACUGCAACCCACUCGAUGGGGUAGAGGCAUCUCUCUUCUAUCAGUGCCUAGAGUCCUUGUGUGACAGAUCAAAAUACAGCUGUCCACCUUCUGCUCUUGUGAAGGAAAUACUGAGUAGUGUACAGAGGUUGACCUUCUAUGAGUUCCUUAUGGCACUUGCAAAACACCAGGGCAUCAACAGAGCCCUAGGGGCUCUGCCAGAUAAAGGAGACUUGUUUCUGGACCCUGCCAUGGAUCAGGAAAUUGAAAAAUUGGUAGCUCAGGUUUCAGGGCUUUCCCUCUCUGCUCCCACCAGCGCCGGUGGGGAUGCAGCUAAUUUGCCUGUCCGCAACGUGCCCAGGAUUAGCUCUCCGUGGAGACCCCUCCACCAUCGCCGAAGAAUGGAUGCUGAGAGCGAAGGCUCCAAUGAAGAGACAGACUCCUCUGAAAACUGAAAGCUGCGGCGGCCAGCACCG